GGCAUUGCGGUCCGCUACGCCGUUGUCGCUGUGCUCUUUGCCGCCAUCCUCCUUUUCUUUGUGGGUGGAUACCUACAUGCUCGACACCGCAUACGGAAGGGCCUUCCACCCCUGAGAUACCACAAGUGGAUGGUUCAGCAGCGGAUGAUCUACGUCCAAAGCGCGCCUAUGACACACAAUCGCUACUCCGCUCACGACGGCUACGCCAUGGAGCACUAUCCUCCGCCACCUCCAGCGUACACUGCAGGAGAUGCACCCCCGCCAGUGUAUCAGCCUCCUGACAGUAAUAAGCCAACGGAGCAAAGCACGGUGCAUGUGCAGCCGUUAGCAUCCACGCCCACGCUCGAAGCUGAGAGUAGCGGAAGGUCUCCGACAGCAGGACCACGCCAUUAG